AUGUUCUUCCUCAAAGAGGAAACCAAGGUCGUCACCCUGCACCCCUCCUUUUUCGGACCCAAUGUCAAGGAAUACCUCAUCAACCGCCUGAACGAAGAAGAAGAGGGACGAUGCACGGGUGAUCAUUUCGUGAUUUGUGUUAUGGACAUGGUGGAUAUUGGCGACGGGCGAGUGAUACCGGGUAGUGGACAGGCAGAAUAUACCAUCAAAUACCGCGCGAUCAUAUGGAAGCCUUUCCGAGGGGAGACAGUCGAUGCUAUCGUGACUUCGGUCAAACCUACCGGUAUCUUCACACUCGCUGGCCCUCUGUCAGUAUUUAUCGCGCGAAAAAAUAUACCUUCAGAUAUCAAAUGGGAGCCUGGCACCGUACCGCCCCAAUAUACAGAUCAUGCAGAUCAGGUUAUUGAGCGCGGGACGAGUCUGCGGUUGAAGAUACUGGGUGUGAAGCCGGACGUGUCUGCGAUUAAUGCGAUUGGCACGAUUAAGGAGGAUUAUCUUGGGUAA